GAUCAGUAGAUAGGCUGUCGUAUCGGGAGAGGAAUCAGUGCAAAUCAUGCAACGGCACGUAAAAUUUCCACCUAUAAAUUAGCUCUCCAAAUUUGUGCUCAUUCAUUGAAAGAUCGGAUCCAUAUCUGGUAACUUAGAAGCAGGGUUCCAACUCACCAAACACGAUGUUCAAUGACUGGAGACUAGUCUGUUCAGUGGUGUUGGUUGGAGCUCUGGUCGCUAUAUCAGACUGCCAGGUAUUAUUUAGAGCUCAGCCGUCGUUUCAAUCAUCGGCUUUACAGAGACUUGCCGCUCUUCUGGGACAAAGGUUUCAGGGCGGACAGGCGGCGCAGCAACAGGGGCGGGGUUUCGUGAACAACAACUUCGGUUUCAACAACAACAAUGGGUUCAGAGGUUUCGGCACUCUGGGCACAUUUGGAAGAGGUUUCAACGGCGGCUUUGCUAGGCUUAACGGUGGUUUUGGUGGUGCGGCUAGGCAGAACGCUAACGGAUACAGAAACUUCAAAGCGGUCAGUUCCACUUAUAACUCUGUGAAAAGUGACGCUGGGUUCGGAAACAGUUCCAAAAAUCAACAAUAUGGCCAGGUUGGUCACCGUGGCGGAUUUGGAAACCAAGGCGGAAAUGGAGUCUUUGCCAAUGCCGGCAACCAACAAUUUGGGCGGCAGCUCUCCAGAGCUGCCAACGUAGCUAACCAAGCGGCAGCCGGUGGACAGACAGGACAGUUUGGUAGUCAGGGUGUAGGAAGCGGCACCAGUCUCAACAGCCAAAACAUUGGCUUCCGAGGUGGUCAAGCUGCGAUCGGUUAACAGGACAGAGGAAAAUAAACAGAUUCCCUGGGGGCAUUACUAGAAGAUGACCGUCAACAUCAAGACUCCCGCUAGACAUGGAUUUCUUCGAAUUUGACCACCAGGUGGAGUCACCUUGGAAAGGCUUAUCUUGAAGUAGUUUUGUUGUCUUUAUUGGUGCUCAAUCAGUUCGUGCAGACACGGAGCAGUUUAUUUGAACCAUUGAUGAGAACUUUUUGAUUGAUUAUAAACAUGAAACAUGUUAAUGUGAUUCUAGAAACAGGUAGAAAUAUUAUAAAAAUUACCAAUUAGGAUUGAUUAUUAUGAGAUUUGUAUUUGUUGUUAAAUU